AUGGAGAAACCUCCGACCCUAGACCUUUACGAUGGAACCACGGACCCCGACGAUCAUAUUCGGAGCAUCAAAGCCGUCAUGGACUACCACGUGGUCCGAGGGUCCAUCAAAUGCCGGAUCUUCCCGACCACACUGAGAAAGGGAGCAAUGACCUGGUACAGGAAUCUUCCUCCCAACUCCAUCCACUCUUGGGCGAAACUCAAGAAGCUUUUCUCCAACCACUUCACAGCCUCUCGCCGACAACCAAAAUCCGAAGCGACCCUCGAAGCUGUCAUCCAGGGUGCCGACGAGCCCCUCCGAGAAUACCUCGACAGGUUCAACAAAGAAGCCGUCCAGGUCCAGACGACCGACCAUAUGAAAAGGUAUCUCCUCGAACGAGGACUCCUCCCAGGAAGCGACUUCAAGAAGGCCAUCAAAAUUGAGAAAGUCCGCACCAUGAACGCCCUCCUCCUCAAAGCCCAAGCUUACAUUGCUUUCGAGGAAGGCGAAGCGGCCGUGAAGAAAGCUUCAAGGGGCAACGACGCUGCCCGCAGCUCGAGCCGGGGGAACGAAAAAAGGAGAGACGACAGGUCCAGCGACGCGAAAGAGCACCGAGGACCAUCUGGUCGUUUCAAUAACUACACCCCCUUGAACGCCCCGCGCGAGCGUAUUCUGCUCGAAUGCCAGAAUACCGAGUUCAAAAAGUCCAAUGUCAAACCCCCAAGGCCAAAUCCCACCAGGCCGGGAACUGACAAAUCCAAGUACUGCAAAUAUCACAAGAGCCACGGGCAUCUAACCGACGAAUGCAUACACCUCAAAAAUGCCAUUGAAACUCUGAUCAAAGAGGGUCGCCUGUCUAAAUACACGAAGAAGGGAGAACCAUCUCGGAGAGAGGGUCCGAGGAACUCUGACAAUGACAAUUCACCAGACAGCCGACCACUGGAAGUUGCUCUGUCCGUUACCCGACCAGAGGAUUUCAUACCUUCAGUUGGAGUAACAUCCGCUUUCAGCACAUGGGAAGGAUUCCCGACCGCAAUGGUCAUCUCCAAUGGCGGGGAUCCAGGUUCACUCACGAUCAGCUCACUAAAAAGGAAGUUUGACGAGCUGAUCACACCCAACUCAGAUCUCGGCCCAACCCUCCAGAAGUUCAGAGGCAAAUCAGACCCAAUCACCUUCUAUCUAGAAGAGCUCCCCGGCGGAGCCUCAAAUGCCACGAUCCCCCUGCUCGUUCGAGCAAGGAUGGCGAAUUUCGACGUCCGACGAGUCUUGAUUGACGAGGGGAGCUCAGUCGACAUCUGA